UUUGGAGGGGUUCAUCUAAAUGCGCAGCGCAUAUCAGGGAUCAUUGUGAGUCUGCGCGGAUAACCGCUAAGCAGCGGAGUGUUACAACAAUAUAGAGAAUAGCGAGUUAUAUCCAGACCACAUCCCUUACUUCAAACCUGCCCUGGGCUGAUCAGUGUAUUUAUGUGCGUGUAUUUUUCAUUCAUUGCCUUAAUUAGACGUCUGUUCCCUCGUUCAUCUUUGAGAGAGAGAGACACUACUUGACCGCAGAAGUUUUUACGAGGCGUCUUGAGGGAAUGUUUUUUGUGCACCAGCGCGCGACGCAGCAGUUACAACGCCAGUGACUGUCAGCGCGAGACACUCUGCAUUCUGCAUCGUGUUGAUACGUCCUUUCUCGACACCCUUCUUCCUGCUGGGACAAUCUGAUGGUGAUUUGAAGAACUGCAGCAGAUUUCCAGUGUACCUUUUUACCAUCCAGCACUUUGCUGUUCCCCUCUGCUGCUGCUGAUCGGCGGAUACAAUCACAUCAGUGCUCCAAACAAAAUGGCUUCCACAGUGAGAAAAUGUCAGCACCUGUUUUUAACACUCAUCCUUCUCCCUUUGAUCUACUGCAUGCACCCAGACUGUGUCAUUCAGUUAGAGAAAGAGAAGUGCAUGGAAAGGAUGACCAUGGAUGACCCUAGCAGUGAACCUGAAUUGGUCUGCCGAUGGAUGUGGGACAACCUCACCUGCUGGGAGCCAGCAAAAAUUGGUCAAGUGGUCUGGAUGCCUUGUCCCGAGCUAUUUGAAUUCAUGAGUGAGCAGAAUGAUGAGUUUGGAAAGGUCAGCCGUAACUGCACCGAGGAGGGCUGGUCAGAGAUGUUCCCUCACUACGUAGAUGUUUGCCCUUUUAAUGAAAAUGGGACAAGUCCAGACAUGUACUAUGUGUCAGUAAAGGCUCUUUAUACUGUGGGCUACAGCACCUCACUGGUGUCUCUCACCACUGCCAUGGUCAUUCUCUGCAGGUUCAGGAAGCUGCAUUGCACCAGGAAUUUCAUUCAUAUGAACUUGUUUGUGUCCUUCAUCCUGAGGGCCAUUUCAGUCUUCAUUAAAGAUGGCAUUUUAUAUGCAGAGGAGGACAGCAGCCAUUGCUUUAUACACACUGUGGAGUGUAAAGCAGUGAUGGUAUUUUUUCAUUAUUGUGUUUUGUCAAACUACUUCUGGCUGUUUAUCGAGGGCUUGUAUCUUUUUACGCUGCUUGUUGAGACAUUCUUUCCUGAGAAAAGAUACUUCUACUGGUACACCAUUAUUGGAUGGGGUACUCCAACAAUCUGUGUGGCUGUCUGGGCAGUCUUAAGAGCUCAUUUUGAUAACAUUGGUUGCUGGGAUAUUAAUGACAACGCUGCCAUCUGGUGGGUGAUCAAGGGUCCUGUUCUUGCCUCCAUCAUGAUCAACUUUAUACUCUUUAUUGGCAUCAUUAUAAUCCUGGUGCAGAAGCUGCAGUCUCCAGAUAUUGGAGGGAAUGAAUCCAGCAUUUAUCUGCGUCUGGCUCGCUCCACUCUUCUCCUCAUUCCUCUAUUUGGAAUUCACUAUACCGUGUUUGCUUUCACACCGGAAGAUGUCAGCAAAAGAGAAAGACUCGUGUUUGAACUUGGUCUUGGUUCCUUUCAGGGUUUUGUAGUAGCUGUCCUUUACUGUUUUCUUAAUGGAGAGGUGCAGUCCGAAAUCAAACGAAAAUGGCGCAGCUGGACGGUGAACCGGUACUUUGCUGUGGAUAUGAAGCACAGGCACCCGUCUCUGGCCAGCAGUGGUGUGAACGGGGGCACACAGCUCUCCAUCCUCAGCAAGAGCAGCUCACAGAUCCGCAUGUCCAGCCUGCAGGCUGAAACACCGGCCACAUGAGCGCUCAGACGACCAAACUCCGUAGAACUAGAGCUACAAAAUAACCUACGUCAACAUCCAAGUCCUGUUUCAUCUUUUGAGUCUGCAUAGUGUCGGUUGAAGCCAUAAUAUCUGUCAACCCUCCAUAGAUGACAGGCUUUUGCUACAGAACUCUGAGGAGCUCACAACCAAUGGUCUAUUGUGUGCCAAGCAAACAUGGAUACCUUUGAUACAGACUUACGGAGGAAUCAGAUUUGAUCCGAACUGAAUGGAAUUACAGACCGAGGGGAAAUAAUGAUUCCAUAGCAAUCCAGUAUUUAGGAUGUGUUCAUCCAGAAAGCUAUAGCUGGUGAACAAAAUGGAUAUUUUUGUACAUAUCAACAUCACAAGUCUCUCGUGCUUCAUUUCUCUGUCUGUGAAGAUUUGUGACGGUUCGAGAUUCUCAGUAUUUGAUCAUCAAAGCAUCAUCGAAGAGGACGAAGACAGUAGCCCACCUCACCGCAAUGGGAUGCGGGGCAUGAAAAGUCCUUUUUGAAGGAGAAGGAACCACAUGUUUCACACAGGAGCUUAAUGAAUAACUCAUCCCCAGUUCCUAAUACCAAUUUAAUAUGUAAAUAUUUCCAUAUGUUGUAACUGUAGAAUGAAGGACUGAAGGAAAAAUCAAGUUUAAGGACUACGAAGUUUAAGGAUCCACAUUCUGGAUGCUUCUUGGGCACAGUGUUGGAAUCUUUUAUAGUCAAAACCUCAUUAAAACAGUGAGUAACUUAACUUGUCAAUUUGUUUUCAUGAGUAGAUUCCUCUUGUGUUUGUACAUGUGUUCCUAUUU